UCCAUCGUGCCACGUGCCCUUUGUCGACGCGAGUGCCCUUUGCUGAAGAGCCAACUAUCUCAAUGGGUUCCACGUGGCUGAGGCUGCGAUGAGCUGCCAUCCCCCAUCGCGCACUGCCCGAAUCUCAAACUCCUUCGCCCUCGGCUCUUCUCCGCGCCACUCAACUCCAUCCGCCUCAGGGCUUGCGCGUGGGAAAUCACCCGCCUGGCGCAACCUGUCGCUCGUGUCAUCAUCGACUCCUUCGUCCCGCCCACAGCGCUGGAAGUGUUGUUUGAGCUAUAAAAGUUCGAGGACGAGCCCACAGUCGACACUCAAACCCGACGAUAAUUUGCGAAGAGGGACUUGAAGAGCGCUCGCUCGACACAAACUGCGACAACAGAACUCCAAUGGCUGCUCCAACCUGCUUCAUGGCGGCGUCUCUGCUGCUGCUGCUGUGCGUGGCCGUGUGGGCCGUGCCCCGCGCGGCCGCCUCCCCGCUCGCCGACGGGCGGUGCCGCGCCGAGGUGCCCGACGAGCUGCUCGUCAAGCGGCUGCACGCGGUGCCCGAGCGCCUGCGGCUGCUCGAGGUGGCGCGGGUCGCCGCCGCCGCCGGCUCGGGGCGCGGCGGCCACCGACACGCGUGCCCGCGAUGGACCCACGGCAUCGGGCAGAAGGCUCUGACGAGCGAGCGAUCCCUCUCGCCGUGGACUUACCGGCUGAACCGCAAGGCGGACCGCGUGCCCGAGGUGCUGCCCGAGGCGGCCUGCCUGUGCGCCGGCUGCGUGGAGCCGCACUCGGGCCGCGAGACGCACAGCGUCGUGUCCGUGCCCGUCACGGCGCACGUGCGCGUGCUGUACCGCGAGCGGGGCUCGUGCGAGCCGGGCCACGCGCGCUACGAGGAGCGCUGGGAGGAGAUCGCCGUGGGCUGCACCUGCGUCGUGCCCAGCCUGAGCGGUGGCGGCAACUGACGGAGACGGGGGCAGGUGGAGGAGGCGCGGCGGUCGUCGUGGCAGCACCGACGACUUCGGUAACAUCGGCGCCAGCGACAUGAGCAACAUCGACAACUCCGGCACCAGCAACAGCAUCGGCAGCAUCAAGCAGUACCAGAUAAGGCCAACGUCUCUGGACUUUAACACUGAGCCAAGCCACGCGGUAAACGUUGAACGUUGGGCCAACGUUGGUCCAAAGGUUCCAACCGCAUGCCAAUGUUUGCCCAACGUUGCACGUGUAGCUGGGCAGACACGGGCUGCGUGUGCUCGUCCGCACCAGCGCCACAAUGCAUGGCGGUACAUCCCCCAGGAUUCUUUGCGGUGACGCUGCGGGCGGCGUCGUGAAAUUUUCGGACCGAAUUUUAGAUCCGAGACCAAAUCUCAAGUUGUGUUGGCAUAAUCGAAUGCUUUAACAAUCAUGAGAGCAAUUGUGUACUCGUUAAAGUGCGUAUGUGUGACGUAUGCCGUGAGGUAUGUUCGCAGUGUGCCCCAAGUGUAUUGGCAUUUGUUAAAAUGGAAUGUCAGCCACAAUCUGAGUAGAACAGAGAGGCGCUGUCAAUGAGUAUACACAUCAACAAUUUGGGGGCUCUGUGAUUGUAUGAUGAUAGCAUGAUAGCUGAUGGUAUCCUCUACACAGUACAAGUCGGCGUGUACACCGCUUCGAAUCAUCACGAUACGCUAUGCACCGAAUCUCGCGAUUUAGAAUCAAUAUUCUUUUCCCUUCCAAAUUCGUAUUUUGUUGUCCGCGAUGGUUUGAGACGUGAGAUGGGAACCCCCACGCAGACACGAGGGGCCGCUAACGAUCACCAGCGUUUAAACACAAGAUAUCGAUCCUCCAAUCGAAUAACUGAAUCUCAUCGGGGAGGGGCGACGCUUUUGCACGACGUCCUCGGUGCUGAGUAUCUGUCCACCCCGACACGAGAUUCGGGGUAGGUGGCAUGGGGAGGGGGGGUCCCGGCUCUGUGAGCCGCUGGACACCGCCACCGCCGCCUGCCCGCUGUGUCCGCACUCUCCGCUGUCUCUCCGAUUCGAAGAGACUUCUCGGUGGCUGUGCCACUUCACAAAAUGUUGUGCCAUUUUGGCAUCUCGCUUUAGCGUCAGCUGCGUCGAGGCCGUCAGCGUGCCACCACCGUGUGGUCGGCUUAUUUCACGCUGUCGGAGCUCGUGUUGUACUCUGUUGUUGUUGUUGUUGGGGUGUAAUCCCAGACGCCCGUGUUCACGAGUUGACAGAGCGCCGUGUAUGCGGUAAGGGGGGGGGAGUUCCCAGUUUGUGGAAGAUAGCAGCAAAAUCUGGACAUUUUUGUCAACAACGUCACGACUCGGGCUUUGCGGCACCAUCGUGGGACUUGCUCGCCACCUGAUGCCUCCUGACGCCUCCUGCACUCAACUCGCACAAGACGCCUCGACAUCUUCUUACACCAAGGGAUCGAUGAGUAGUCUCGUGUGAGCAGGUUUACAAGGUCAAUAUUUAUUUAUUUGUAACUUUUAUUAAUCCGCGCUGCCGAUGCUUAAACUCCUCUGGGCGCGUCAGGAUCUGUUUAAAGGGAAACUCGCGUCGUUAUGAAAUGGUUUCGUUUUUGCUUUCCAAAAUGUGUGUAAAGCGACGGCUUGGUUUACAGGUAGCCGGGGUGCGCGUGGUUUACAGGUAGCCGGGGUGCGCGUGGCUUCUACCUCGAAUCCAGCCCCGUGGAGGCAAGCAGCGAGGGUCGGCGGAUCACACACAGACGUUGUUGUUGUGAAACUCCCUUCCCGGUAGAGCAAAGUGCAGGCGACUCUCCGCGCGUCCCUUCUCACUGGGAUUGAGUGUUGCGCCUUUGCACCCGUGGGGGGUUUUUCCCCCGAGUGCUCCGGUUGCCUCGCACUCUUUCAUUGGCUGAAAGAAUUAUUAAUAUGUAAUAGAGGACCGCAGAACUUGGGCAAUUGUUGGUGGCGCCAGCCGACUGCCUGGCUGUUUGUGCUUCCUCGGCGAUUGUGGGAGAGAUGAAAUUUGCUUCGAGCAGCGGAGUUGAUGAGCCCGAUUCUCGUGUGUGGCCACUUGGGUGGCCUGGGCCUCGAAAGCAGUUUGCACUGAAUUGUGGGUUCACUUACCACAAACCCGCUGUAAUUUAAGCAGGGAGUUAUCCAUCGACUGUAAAAUUUUUGUUAAAGGCUGUUGUUGGGUCAUCAUUGGCAAAAGGUGGAAAGCCAGGGGCUCACCAGCAAAUGAGAUUCAUUCUCUCUACGUGCUCUGCCCCGACCAUUAAGGAAAUGCAAUUUGGCACGCGGCUAAAAUGAAAAUAAUUUGGCAUGACCUGCAAAGUGUCAUGCGGCAACCUGGUUGGGCAUUUAUUUGAAGACAACUCUCCAUAGUCGGUACUUCCCUGGUUAAAUUCGUGGCUUCAACAAUCUGCCCUGGAAUGUAUGGAUGCGGGGAGACGAUGCAGUGACAGCGAUCACGACUGGGAUGGGAAAUGGUCCCACACACCAAGUGUGCAGGUUGAUCCUGCCAUGCUCGUCAUUGGUGGCUGAUAUUCUCCAGAACGCCUUCUAUUGUUGAACUGAGUAUGCACUAAACGUAAUAUAUUACAAUACAUGCAAGUGUACUGUCAAUAACUUAUUUAACUUAUUUGUUCACGGUUUCUAAUUUAUUUUACUGUUUGUAACUUAUUUGUCCACUCGGUGCAUGUUAACGGAUGUAACUUUAUAAUAUUUAUUGCUAACUUAUGUAAACGUUAAGGAUGUGACUCUGGCCUAUGUGGAGGUGAUGGUUGUAAUGUAUUUAAUAAUAUGCUCUCGGUUAUAUGACCAAUAACUUAUUUCGAAGCACGUAACUUAUUAACGUAAUAUUUAUUUAACUUAUCCAACCACAGUGCUGCUUUCCUGCGGGUCACAUUUUUCACACGUCGGGUCGUGAACGCGGUUGUUGAAACCACGUGGUUCGUGACGUUUGGUGAUGUGGUUGUUGGGUGAUGUGGUUGUUGAAACCAAACAGAAAGCACAAAGAA